ACAGGCGUCCGCUGAGAUUGUGCCAUGUUAUGUGAAGCUUUCAGCAAGACACUUGUCUGCCGUGAGCCUGGGAAGGCUGUCACUUCCGCGGGAGGUAAAAUAAGAACAUGGCAUGAUGUCCUUUGGAAAAGGAGCGAUGGCGGCCAUCAGGAAGAAGCUGGUGAUCGUGGGAGACGGUGCCUGCGGAAAGACAUGUCUGCUGAUCGUGUUCAGCAAGGACCAGUUCCCCGAGGUCUACGUACCCACCGUGUUCGAGAACUACAUUGCCGACAUAGAGGUAGACGGGAAGCAGGUGGAGCUGGCCCUGUGGGACACGGCGGGACAGGAGGACUAUGACAGGCUGCGGCCACUCUCGUACCCGGACACAGAUGUUAUCCUCAUGUGCUUUUCCAUCGACAGCCCGGAUAGCCUCGAGAACAUCCCUGAGAAGUGGACGCCGGAGGUGAAGCACUUCUGCCCCAACGUGCCCAUCAUCCUGGUGGGGAACAAGAAGGACCUGCGGAACGACGAGCACACGCGGCGGGAGCUGGCGAAGAUGAAGCAGGAGCCGGUGAAGCCAGAGGAGGGGAGGGACAUGGCCAACAGGAUCAAUGCCUUCGGCUAUCUCGAGUGCUCGGCCAAGACGAAGGAGGGCGUGCGGGAGGUGUUUGAGAUGGCCACCCGCGCAGGCCUGCAGGUCCGGAAGAACAAGAAGCGCAGGGGCUGCCCGCUGCUCUGAGCAGCCCGGCCGGCCAGGAGGCAGCUGCCUGCACCCGCUGCCCGGGGAGGGACCGCUGCAGGCGGCCGACGCGGGACCCCGCGGUGCCAGUACCUGCCCCGAACCCUCUGCUCGAGAGCUGCCACCCAAGCCCGGGGGGUGUCCCUGCGUGGCCCUGGGGCCGUGAGAGGCCAGUGCCUUCAGUCCCUGCUGCUCUCUACGGGCCAGGCAUUUACGUAGCUCUCUGUGUUGCCCCAUUUUGUACCGAUCUCCCUGGUUUAGCCUCUCCCGUGGGGACUGUCGCAGCGUUUGCUCUUCCUCCCUGGCUCCGGGCAGGUGCCACGGAAGCGGGAGGUGCCGCUGGCUGCUGCCCGCUGCUCGCCUGGGGGGUCUGCUGGGCCCUGGGGUGCUCUGCCCGCUCCCCUCGGCCCUGCGGGCGGCACACACCGGGGUUUUGUACAGACUUGCCCAGGGCAGGUUUCAGCCCCGUCUGCGUGCGGAGCCAGGCUUGGCUGCUGCCAGAAGCGCUCUGCUGCCAGGACCCGCGCUGGGGCAGCGCCUCUGCCCAGCUCUGCCGGCAACGCCGCCCCCGAGCCUGCGCUGGUCAU